UUAGCCAUUACCUAGACCGAUUUCAUCUUCGGUAGAACAAGAUGGUGGGAGACCUACGACAGAAUCCUCAGCGACGUGUCUUCAAGGUGUAAUGAUAUCACAAAAUCAUGAGAGACAAGCUACAGCCGUGCUCCAGUCUGACACUUCACGGCAGGUGUACAGCUCCUCACUAGACUCUCUACCCAACGCUGUGAUCGAUAUUUCGUUAGCUGCCAAGCCUGGUCACUACCGCCUUAUCGACUGCUCUUAUUUCAUCCAGCACCAGCAGCUUGUUAUCUAUGAAUUUGAUGGCUCUAUCAGCGAUGUGCCCUACGCUGCUAUUUCGUAUAUCUGGCACGGCAACGAGUUCGACCCCGCCACCGCCGAGUCAGAUAAGGGCGCUUUCACCGUCCGAGGUGCUAAAGACGGCGACCAGGUUGGCAUUGACGUCAUCCACCAUGCGUGCUCUGUCGCAAUCCAAGAGGGUGCACAGUACCUCUGGCUUGACCGGCUCUGUAUCAUACAGACAAGUCGGGCAGAUAAGGACUGGCAGAUCGUACAAAUGUACGGUAUCUACCUACACUGCAAAGCCUGUCUAGUACUUCCAGGUGGAAUUAGACAGCUCGUCGCCGUGGAAGAUGAGACUAUGUGGAUCACUCGUGCGUGGACCCUGCAGGAAGUCAUGGCCCCAAAGCGGAUCUUGGUUCUCUUCAAGUGGGAACGAGGAUCUGGCUCAUGGCAAGGUUCCAAGGGCGGUGCCAAGGCUAUUAUCAGCGAAGUCAUUCCUAAAGAAUCAGCUACAACCGGGCUACGCGAGAUCCUCGAGGCCAGCCGUUACGCUGAGACGCUGGAUUGGACGCCCGCCGGCAGUUCUGCACCAACUGCAGACGAUAUUUCGGUCUACAUAACAGGCGAUUCGAUGGGUGUCGAUACUAUGCUAACCGAGUCGCUCUCCCGUAUCAUAGGAGUAGAUGCCCGUCUGCCAGAGGGAGCUCUCCCAGCCUGGCAGAACGCUUUCUGGAGGGCAUCUUCACGUCCAGUGGACAUGGUACUAAGCAUCAUGGGUGUGUUUGGCGUUUCUUUGAACCCUAGUUCCUUCCAUAAGGAUGAUCGGAUCGGCGCCACAAUCGCACUUGCCCAGGAGAUAUUGCGAGGUGGAGGAAAGCCUGCAUGGCUUGUUAUGGCCUUUGACCUUCCGCCGAGUCCCUUUCUCUCUUCUUUUCCAGAAUUCCCCGAGACCGACGUCACAGGCAGGGUUGAGAUAAAGACAGCAACUGAUGAGCAAUGCUUCGAUUUGACUCUAUGGUACGUCGCCGAUUUACCGGACGGUAGUAUGGACGAUGACGGAUACUUGAGUAUCUCGGCCAAAGCCGCCCAAGUGGUUUAUACAGGCGAGAAUGUGCAGAAGUUGAAUUUCUCUUCCAGGCAGAAUGAUGAUACUAACGAUAUCUGUGCCGACUAUAUUCGCGUGGUGGCAAGGGACGGGGGAAUUUGGAACAUUUACCGUCCAAACCACGCGAGUUCCGCCCAGGAUGGCCGGUCAUUUGUUGCCUUCGUAGGUCAUGCUCAAAAUUAUGAGAGGGCAGAAAAUUCUGCGACAAACAAGGGUCCUUAUACACUCCCUACCCUAAGUCCACUUCGAGCGGUAAUACUAGAGGAGCAUGGGCCAGGAAAAUUCCAUCGAGCCGCUAACCUAACCUUGGGUGAGGUUUUUGAACCAAUUAUCCAUAGUGAAUGGCAACCCCACGAUUUCGCUAUUGGAGGGCCGCUUCCACUCCCUCUUAGGAAAUAGGUCACCCGAUUAUAUCUGAGUUUCGCAAAGUUGUCUACUUACCUAAUCUAUAUUAAAUGUAUGGCUUGAUGUUGCAUCUAUAAUUAAUUGGCUACCGCAAUAUAGAGCAUUGAACAAUUUCAGGCGAUUUUGCAAGACUUGGCGGAGAAAGAAGUCACGCCAGCAGUUAUCGCAGACCGAUUUCUUAAUUUUUAGAUCCAUUAAGAGCUUGAUAAGAAAAGGGUCUCCUCAGAUGAGGUAAUAGUGAAAUAUUACCUGCCUACGUUGACUUAAGUUAUUUAUCCCGAACUUGCAGUUAUGAAUUUGGAAGGUACCCAACGUAACGGUAAAGAUUUGUAGCUCCGAAUCUCCGCCGUAACCUUUGGAGCUCCGGUCCGAGAGCCGAUAAAGUGGGGUCGCCGAGCCCCCUAACACAGCCCCACUACUCCGCCAAUCAUGCGGCAGCGAGUAUGACUUGGGCGUUAGCGUCGGG